AGAUGUGAAAUCGAUACGCUUUAGAGCUCUAAGAUCAUCGUCCCACGCAAACCUGCCGUAUUAUAUUUUUAUUUCUGCUAGAGGAGAGUCAACGGAAACACAUCGACGCACACAAGACACAUGGUACAUAUUUCGUGUCCUGUUUGGAGGGACGCACAACGGAAAGUCCGUUCACUCUGUCACUCACAGUAUUCUUACCUUGUUCUCUCAGAACGAAACAUAUUGACUUCUAUGGAACGGGAAUUUACAGCUUCACACAGCAAUAAUCUAAGAAAUCUGAUGUAUUGUUGUUCACCGAGUUUACCGGCGCCUCACGGGCUUCUGCGAUGCGAGACUCGGAUUCAAACCGUUUGACAUUUCUGUGGAAAGCCAGUCGACUGCCAAAUUGUCACUGAAUCAAAUCGAACGAGCCGGACACCUGGAUUGCCGAGUCGCAAGCUCACAGCCUAUUGAACACAUUAGCACCUGUCACAUCAGUCCAGCCAAGGUCAUCGCUUCUUCUCUUCAUUCUCCAUCCGGCUGUUAAACACCGAGUCCCGGCGCUCUGCUCUUCAACAAUGGAGAGCCUAAGUGAGCUUCAGAACCCUCUUCUAGAUAAGAACAGCAAGCAUAUGGUUAUGGCCGACUAUGGUUAUGGGGGCGAUUUCCAUAGCAACCAGUAUCAGGAGAACAUUAUAAACUACUUUGUGACUGGUGGUGGAGGUGGAGGAGGAGGUGGCGGCGGAGGUGGGGUUGCGGUCACAGGAGGAAACGGCAAGGCUAAAGCCCAGCUACUGGACGCCACCUCGCUUCACCUGGCGGUGGAGGCCUUUUACAAGCCUAACUUCAUUCUUUACAAGGACGACGUGAGCAGCAAGGGCAAGGAUUACAAAAACGAGUGCUGCGAGACCACCUUCAUGGAGAAGAAAGACAAGGACGUAGCGGUGGAGACCCCCAGUACGGAGGACCCGCAGGCUAAACUGCUGGACGAAAACGAGGUGAAAAUCCAGACAGUGUCUUAUGAGGUAGAAGAAGAGGAAUAUGUUGAAUAUGAGACAGAUUGCUCCAGUGACAGUGAGAGCGAGGACAACUUCAUCGUCAUCCCUCCUCGUGAUCACCUAGGCCUCGCUAUUUUCUCCAUGCUCUGUUGCUUCUGGCCUCUGGGCAUUGCUGCUUUCUACUUUUCUCAGGGGACCAGCAAAGCCGUGACUAAGGGAGACUUCCCAUUGGCUAGCAUUGCAUCUAGACGAGCCUUGUUCUUGGCCGCUCUCUCCAUCACCAUUGGGACGGGGGUCUACGUGGGCGUGGUGGUGGCCCUCAUCGCAUAUCUGUCUAAACCAGGCCACAUUUAGCACAGUCAGGAGAGGACUACAAAACUCCACGAUACUACACAGCCGCCUCUGAACGUCUUUUUCCAAAUGUCUCAUUCUCAUCCCUCCCCGUGGACUGCCUGUCCGCCCAAAUCAGAGAAAGGGAUGAACCAGAAGAGGAUGAACCAGAAGAACUGGGGACAUAUCACCUCAGUCAUAAUAUAUAAAUGUAAGCUUCACCGCGUGUCACACCACACUGGAUAAAACUUAACUAAGUCUGAGAGCAGUUCAGGUGAAGAACAUAAACUACAGACAAAUAAGCAAUCCAAUUAAACGAACCCGAAGGGAAGAUAUUCCCAUAAAGACACCCGUAAGGAUCAAAAGGGACUAAAAGCCCUUGGAUUUGUUUUUCCCUUUCUAACUGUGCUUCGUUCGGAACCUGAAAGAGAAGUCAAGCCACUCUCAGUUUUCCUCUCUCAUUACUUAGUCCGGUAAACCCCAUAUGUGCAUGUGGCCCAAUUACACAAGCACUGCUGAAUACACCAACUGCAGUAUGUGAGCUCUGUUAAAAAGGAUAGAAUGUUGUCCACCCUAUUUAGGAAAAAUAACACAGCUUUGUAUGUUAUAAUAAGCAAAUGUGGAGUUCAUACACAAACCUAAAUGCUUAUGAUCACGAGACAGAACUACAGGACAAGAAAUAGCUAUCAAAGACGUUCCACCUCUAUGAAAUUCAGCGCAACUUAUACACAACCUCCAUGUCGUUCCCACUUCUCUAGGGCUCUAUGCUUUGUGUUGUAAAUUCUGUCUUUUGUUUUGUCCAAAGUCAAAAUCUAAUUUUGACCCAACGAAGGCUGCAAGGUUUAUGUGUCUGAAGAAGACAUGGAUGAAAAACAAGGAAAAGAAGCAUUUAUUUUAUAUCGGUAAGGAUUUGCCUGACUUUAACAUAUUCUCUUUAACUCCCAGAUAUCUGAACUGAAUAUAAAUGAAACAACUGUACAUGUGGAUGAUAUGGUGAUGUGUCCUCUUAUUCCCCAAAUGUCUCUUAUGAUUGGAAAAAUUCAGAGUUGGCAAAACUCAAGACAGAUGAUCAAAAAUGUACAAUAUACUUUCCUCAAAUCCUAAGAUGGAUGUUUGAACAAAAAGGCAGGUUUUGUUUUCAGGUGAAAGGGCCUCAGAUUGAAUCGAUUAAUAAUGUAUUGGAUGUCUGUAAGCUCACGGGCAUGACAACGAACACAUGGGAUGUUGAGUUAAAGGUCGACUGCUCUAUUUCAACAACAAUGGAGCCUGAAUCUGGUGUAGUCAUCCACAUAAGAACUUCAAAACAUGAAGACAAUAGGUUCCCCGCUGGCUAGGUAGUGAUUCGAGGCUUGUUUUGAAUUCCUAUGAUAUAGAACUUGGAAGCUGGUAGAAAUUAAAUUGGCCACAUUUUGAAGUAUCUUAGCCAAUUAUUCAUAACCUCCUAAUUACUUCCCAUGGUGAUUUAAAAUACUCAAUAGUAUUGAAGUAUUCUAAGUUUUCACAUUUGCAGCGUUACGCCUUUCAGGGGCCGGACUGACAAAACAUUCCCAAGUAUAAAAAUCUUUGUGCUAUUUUCUUUGGUUAAAGGGAUAGUUCACCCAAAAAUGAAAAUUCUGUCAUUAUCUACUCACCCUCAAGUUGUUCCAAACCUGUAUGAAUUUCUUUCCUCUACUGAACACAAAAGAAGAUAUUUUUAGGAAUGUCAGCAACCAAACAUAUCAACAUAUCAUACCCCACUGACUUCCAUAGUAAGUCAAUAGGAACCAUCAACUAUAAAUCAUAAGUAACUUCUUAAGUUAGGAUAACCUCCAACCUCCAUUACACAAGGCAACCUCAUGAACAUGAUAGUACAUUAAAGCACAUUCUAAUAAACUUCUUAAGAAGAUUUUCAUGAGUUCUGCCCCAAAACAUAAUAGCUGACAUUAUGGUACUCACAGGAUUUAGAUGCUUUUUGAAUUCUGGAGAAACUAAUUCACAGGGACUUAAAGGUGUAUGGAGAAUGGUUCAUUGUGAAAAGAGCAAACUGGUAAAGGUCAUGCUUUAAAGCAUGCUUUGUCUUCAUGUUAAAGUGUGAGUACAUAGGGGAAGUACUGAGGUACAAGGAACAAGUUUGACUUGGACUUCUAUUGUGAAGAAGCCUGGAGUUAUGCAUUAUUGUUAUUGUUAUACUGAUGAAUUAUAUCAAUGUGUAAAAAGUGUUACCAGAUACAAAUAAUUGAAAAUACUUUAUCUCAAAUAAAAGUCAAGAAAACAGGGAAAAAUU